GGCCGUGGGCUGUACGAGAUGGCUGGGACACAGCAGGGACAGAGGGAGGGAUGAACGCUUGGGGAUGGCGGACAAAUCUCUAACACUGUUUCUGAAGCUCUUCGCUGCUGGAUUCUACGGUAUCAGUUCUUUUCUUAUCGUCGUGAUAAACAAGAGUGUCCUUACAAGCUACAGGUUCCCAUCUUCAAUAUGUGUCGGCAUUGGUCAAAUGCUGGCCACGGUGGUUGUGUUGUGGGUGGGCAAGGCUCUGAGGGUGAUCAGUUUCCCCGAUUUCGACCACAGUAUUCCUCGCAAGACAUUUCCCCUACCUCUCCUGUAUGUAGGAAAUCAAAUAACUGGACUGUUUGGGACAAAAAGGCUGAAUCUGCCGAUGUUCACAGUGCUCAGGAGAUUUUCCAUCUUGUUCACCAUGCUAGCUGAGGGCCUGCUUCUCAAAAAGAAAUACUCAAGGCCCGUCCAGUUGACGGUGUUUACAAUGAUCCUGGGGGCUUUUGUGGCAGCUAGUGCAGACCUGGCUUUCGACAUGCAAGGCUACGUUUUCAUUCUUAUGAAUGACGUGUUGACUGCGGCUAAUGGGGCCUACGUGAAGCAGAAACUGGAUUCUAAGGAACUGGGAAAGUAUGGCCUGCUGUAUUAUAAUGCGUUAUUUAUGAUAGUGCCCACCCUGCUUUUGGCUCAUCUGACUGGAGAUGUGCAGAAGGCAGUGGAUUAUGACGGCUGGUCGGACGCCAUCUUCCUGUCGCAGUUCAUCCUCUCCUGCAUCAUGGGGUUUGUGUUGAUGUAUUCCACCGUACUGUGCACACAGUAUAACUCUGCACUGACAACCACCAUUGUGGGCUGCAUCAAGAAUAUAUUGGUGACCUACAUCGGAAUGGUGUUCGGUGGGGACUACAUCUUCUCGUGGACUAACUUCAUCGGUUUAAACAUCAGCAUCGCUGGAAGCCUGGUGUACUCCUACAUCACUCUAACCGAGGACCAGUCGACCAAGCCGUGUGAAAGCGCCAAGCUUGAAAUAAAGGGCAAGGUCGUGGUGUGACAGAGACACUGGAGAUGCCUCCUUCCCUUUUUUUUUUUUACACAAACUAAUGAGAGAACCUCUAUUUUUGGUACGCUUUGUAUUCAUGACGUUUUCUACUGCCGGUGAUCCGAAUUCCGUGGAAACUCUUUCCCUCUCUCGCUUCCUGUUUGUGGAGACGGAACGACCGACUUAACUUUUACAGGACAUGCCUCGGCUGCCGUGGUAACCAAACUCUCCAGGCUGAUUCACUAUCUAGGUGGUCCGUUUUUAUGACUUUCGAUACAAUUAUUUGAGUCGGAUCAAUUUUUUUUUACUAUUUUAAUUGUUAUUAUCAUUGUUUUACUUAACUCUUGAUUUGUCUAAAAAAGGGAGACAUGGAGAACUUACUUAUUAAUCACCGGGACUACUUCAAACAACUGUAAAGUUCAUGAACAAAUUAAUGUACUCGCGGAUGAGAAGAAAGGCCGGUCUGGUGUUAUGCAGUAUUAUGCAUGGGUGUGAUCGGGUGGGCGUGUUUGUGAAUAUCAGAGGCGUGUCUUAUGGUGGUUUGAAUGCUUUGGCUGUCUGUAGUCUUCUUUUGGUAAAGCGCUGAAAGUAUCGUCGUGUUUACAUUGUACUCCCUCAGUAUUAAACUCCUUGCUAUGGGCUCUGUAAAGAGGUGUCCAUCCGCAACUUGAUUUCAGUGAGGGCAACAUGCUGUAAUGAUGUUCCGUUUAGUUUCUGUUUGUACGUAUGGCAGUGUUUAUAUUUGCAUUAUUAGUACAAUAAUGUUUUUUGCACUUUUAACAUGUUUUAGUGAGAGAUGGGGAGUGGAGAUGCCUUACUGUGAAGGGCCGCCCAGGGAGGGAGGCUUUGAAAGACGUUUGCAAGUCAGGGUCUUCAUAAAUGGUCGUUAGUGUAGAACUGUCAGGUAUGAAAUUCACUGUCUUUAUUUCACAAAUCUUUUUUUAUAUCGCCUGCACUCCAUCGAUCCGAGGCUGGGUGUCUUUCAAAAACGUUUUAUAUUUAUUAUUUUGUUACUGAAACAUAUUAAAAUGUUAUUUUUGUGAGGCCGAAUUUUGAACAAGGUAUUUGUGGGUUUGUAAGUGUUACGUGUGUGACAUGCUCGUGAAGAGACCAGAAAAAAAUGUUAUUGUUUAGUUGUUUUUUUUGACAAUAAACAUACCUCAUCUGCAA